AGUAGAAGAGUGCUCAGGACAGUCUCGCUAGAAUAUCAGUGUUCUUACAGUUCUAAUUGAUCUUCCAUUCGUCCUCCUCCCUCAGUUCUUCCUUCGGCCGCCCACCUUUGAACACCCGUUCUCUGUUCACUCUGUGACCUUAUCGUCUGUCGCAAACCCACAGAGACGCAGGCGCAGCGUUUCAGACUUGCGGAGUGCCCGAGUCGCAGUCCGCAGUCGCGGCUUGCAGAAUCCACGGCUCCAUCGCGGCACAGGAGCCUGCAACGCACCGCCUCCACCAGUCCAUACCUCCAAGAGUCCAAGGCUUCACCGCUUCCACCCCUGGGUUAAGAUAGACAAAUAGGUCCCAUUCAUUUGAAGUCUUCUAUUCCCAAUCGUUCGAAGACUUCUUCCGGUCUUCUCCAAAGCUGCGACAAACUAUAGGACUUCUCCAGAGGCCCAGAGCUGCGCCAGAGGACUUCUCCAGAGCUGUGCCAGAGGAUUUCUCUGGAGCUUCGGCAACCAGAAGAGUAUCCCUUCUCCAUCGAAUCUUGCUGAGGAAGCAUAAUCCUUCCAUGGCCGACGAAACAGACGAAGUCAAUCCUGGAGACCCUCCACCAACAGUAUGUAAUUUCUUCAGAAAGCCACCAAAGUCCAAAAACAUCAGAAAACGUUCUGCAGCAGAUGAUGGUGAGAAUGAAGAUGAUGAUUCAAAAGCUGAGACUUCAAUAGUAUUCAAUAAGAAGAAGCCAGCACUGGCUGACAACAAGCUGCACUUUUCAACUGGACCAUCAAAACAGAAUAUCACCUCAGAAUCUGAUGUAGAUGUGAAAACCCGUACUUUUCAUUUCGAAUCUUCAAGGGAGAUUCAAGUUCAGAAUGACAACAGAGCAACAGCUACACUGGAAACUGAAACUGAGUUCUCAAGAGAUGCCCGGGCAAUUAGGGAGCGAGUUCUUAAGCAAGCAGAGGAGGGCUUAAAAGGGAACAAAAAGAACACCGGUGAUGAGAAGUUGUAUCAAGGGAUACAUGGAUAUACCGAUUACAAGGCUGGUUUCAGGAGAGAACACACGAUUUCAAGUGAGAAAGCUGGCGGAUCACAUGGUCCUCUUAGAGCUUCUGCUCACAUCAGAGUAUCAGCGAGGUUUGACUAUCAGCCAGACAUAUGCAAAGAUUAUAAAGAAACUGGGUAUUGUGGAUAUGGGGAUUCGUGUAAGUUCAUGCAUGAUCGAGGUGAUUAUAAACCAGGAUGGCAGCUGGAAAAGGAGUGGGACGAAGCUGAGAAAGCCAGAAAGAAAAGAAUGGAAAUGGGAUUGCUUGAUGAUGAUGAUGAAGAGAGUGGAGAGAAGAGUGAUGAUGGAGAAGAUGAUUCGUUACCCUUUGCCUGUUUCAUUUGCAGACAACCUUUUGUCGACCCCGUUGUGACAAAGUGCAAGCACUACUUCUGUGAACAUUGUGCAUUAAAGCAUCAUGCGAAAAAUAAGAAGUGCUUUGUGUGCAACCAUCCCACCCUUGGGAUAUUCAAUACUGCCUUUGAGAUACGCAAGAAGAUGGCCGCAGAAGGAAAGUGACGGUGUUGCCUGCCUUUUUUUGUUCACAGCAUCGAACAAGAGGGUCUUCCCAUCUUUACAGUAUAAUCUUAUUUGGGUAUGAUCUUGGAUGAUAUCUUAUUUUUUUGUGUUGGUGAGUGAUAUGUGGAUGAAACUUCUCUUAAUCUACACUGCUAUGCUAUUGUAAAUUCACAUAUUUUCUUGUUUCGUGGAGGACUGGAUGUAAAGAGGCCAUUUGAGACAUUAUUUCUAAGCCACUGUCUUGAUUUUUUUGUCUUCUAUUUUUCAUUGUUGAGGUGGAUGAAUGUUGUCAAAUGUCAAUGGAAGCCAAACGACUUAUUCCUUUUCA